AUGUAGCCUGCUAGAAAAAAAAGACACCGGGGCACACAGAGAGAGAGAGAGACAGAGAGUGAGAGUGUGAGAGAGAAACAGAGAGAACACUACUGCUGGGUAGCUAUGGAGAUUGUACGUGGUCGUUUCCUUUGACAGGUGUCGGAACUGGACUAAAUAAAAAGUAUCGAAACCAGCUUCAAUGAUGUACGCCAAGGGGAAAGGUGCUGUUGUUCCCUCCGAUAACCAAGCAAGAGAAAAGUUAGCACUGUAUGUAUAUGAGUACUUGCUGCACGUAGGAGCACAGAAGUCUGCACAGACCUUCUUGUCAGAGAUACGAUGGGAAAAGAAUAUUACAUUAGGGGAGCCUCCAGGAUUCCUACACUCAUGGUGGUGUGUAUUCUGGGAUUUGUAUUGCGCAGCGCCGGACAGACGGGAGAACUGUGAACACUCCAGCGAGGCCAAGGCCUUCCAUGACUAUAGUGCGGCUGCAGCCCCCAGCCCGGUGAUGGGAAACAUGCCCCCUAACGACGGGAUGCCAGGAGGCCCCAUGCCGCCAGGGUUCUUCCAGGGUCCACCGGGCUCCCAGCAGUCUCCUCACGCACAGCCGCCCCCCCACGGCAUGGGACCACAUGGACAGCCUUUCAUGUCGCCACGGUUUCCAGGUGGACCCCGUCCCUCACUUCGAAUGCCAAAUCAGCCUCCGGGUGGAAUCCCUGGUUCUCAGCCUCUACUGCCAAACAGCAUGGACCCCACCAGGCCACAGGGGCAUCCAAACAUGGGCGGGCCAAUGAGAAUGAACGCCCCACGAGGAAUGGGUCCCAUGGGUCCGCAGAACUACGGCGGUAUGAGACCUCCACCAAACUCCAUGGGAGGUCCCAUGCCUGGGAUGAACAUGGGCCCUGGUGGCAGAGGACCCUGGCCUGGUCCCAAUGCUAAUUCAAUACAGUACUCCUCAUCAUCUCCGGGCAACUACGUGGGUCCUCCAGGAGGAGGGGGGCCGCCUGGAACUCCGAUCAUGCCCAGCCCAGGUGACUCAAACAACUCCAGUGAAAAUAUUUACACUAUGAUGAACCCCAUAGGACCUGGUGGAAACAGACCCAACUUCCCCAUGGGUCCGGGGCCUGAUGGACCAAUGGGAGCUAUGGGGGCCAUGGAACCACACCACAUGAACGGAUCACUAGGCUCUGGAGACAUGGAUGGGUUGCCAAAGAACUCUCCCAACAACAUGGGAGGCAUGAGCAACCCUCCCGGGACGCCGCGGGAUGACGGAGAGAUGGGUGGGAACUUCCUCAACCCGUUUCAAAGUGAAAGUUAUUCACCGAACAUGACCAUGAGUGUGUGA